AUGGUCCACCUGUUCGAAUGGAAAUGGCCAGACAUAGCUGCAGAAUGCGAAAAUUUCCUUCAACAUUACGGUUAUGGAGCAGUUCAGAUUUCUCCACCAAAUGAUCACAUUACCCUUACUCAGGACAACGACAUGCCAUGGUGGGUGAGAUAUCAACCCGUAAGCUAUAAGCUGAUAUCACGAAGUGGAGAUGAGGCCCAGUUCAAGGACAUGGUGGAUCGAUGCAACAAGGUUGGAGUGAGAAUUAUCGUUGAUGUCGUCAUGAAUCACAUGGUUGGGGUACCGUACACGUCCGCUGACUUCAACGAUUUUCGAUGCCACGGUGACAUUCAAGGAAGCGACUAUCAGAACAGCGCUGAACAUGUGAAAAACUGUCGUCUCAGUGGACUGCUGGACUUGAAUCAGGGCGACGCUACGGUACGUGCUAAGCUGACCGCCUACCUGAAUAAACUGAUUGAUUACGGUGUAGCGGGCUUCAGGUGCGAUGCAUCGAAACAUAUGUGGCCUGGCGACCUGGGAGCCAUUCUUAACGCAACGAAGAAUUUGAGGGAAGAUAUUUUCGGUUCUAAUCAGCGCCCAUUUGUUGUACACGAAGUCAUUGACAGGGGUGGAGAGGCAGUGAAAUGCACCGAUUACCUCGCAAUUGGAAGGUAUACAAACUUCAACUUCGGCGCCGCCGUUUCAUCAGCCGCCAAAGGACAAAGCGACUGGAAGCUGCUCGCUCAUCUGGGCCCUGGCUACGGGUAUGGCAACAACGCAGACAACGAAGUACUGAACUUCAUAGACAACCAUGACAACCAGCGGGAUUCCAACCCCUAUGUGGUCACCUAUAAAGAUGGAGACCAGUAUCGCUUGGCUAUGGCUUACAUAGAAAUGACCAAAUUCCGCUCAGCCGUGCAGGGAACUGCUGCAACAGAGAUAUUUACCGAUUAUCAACGAAUUGCUUUUGCCAGGGAAGGAAAAGGAUUUUUCGCUCUCAAUGGAAACAGCAGUCCCUUCAGCAAAUUCUUCCAAACAACAAUGCCCGCUGGUGAUUACUGUGACCAAUAUGCUGGCAGCCUGCAGAAUGGUAAAUGCACAGGCCAAACGAUUACUGUAAGAGAUGACGGUGGAGCGCCACCGACACCAUCACCGCCAACCGGAUAUCAAAAGACCAUAAUAUUCAUCAAGAAAGACACCUAUCAGGGUCAAAAUAUUUUCAUCCGUGGUGGUGUCAGUCACGCCAACAAAGACGUCUGCUCUCCCGGACCAAAUCAACAAGCGAAUGAUCCGUGCGCUAUUCCUAUUGUGCACAACACCUCUGUGCCAUUCGUCUAUGCCGAAUACAUAUCUUGGAGUCAAGGAGAUCAAUAUCUGGACUUCGAGGGAUCUGAAGAGAGACAGGGAACGUACGAUGGUGCCGCUCCUUUUGGUACUCCACUGGCGUAUUCAACGAACGAUGCUACAGCUAUAGAAUAUCAGCCUUACAAUAAAUAUGGAAGUGGUUAUUGGAUGGUCCAACUCCUGGUCGAUUGUAAGAAGACUGAUCAAGGCUGGUUCGAACUCAAGGGAUACCUUUCGCCGUCGGUCGGUUGGGAACAAGAUAUUAGUCAGAAGAAAUGUACCGGCGCAGUGGGCGGAUCCGCACCGUUUUCGUCGAAAAAUCACGUCGCAAAAUGUGGAGCGGUUAAUGUGUUCACAUGGGGUGGUGGUAACCUCAUUUUCACUGAAAUCAACUGUAAAUCUCAGCAAUGUACCAUUUUUGGUGCGCAAAUGCUGCAUGCAUUUUACUCACCUGCACAGUUGCAAAUAACGAUAAACGAAGCUGUUGGUAACAAUCACCAGAGAUCCGAUAUAGGCCACGCAGAACAC